CCUCUAUUUCCACGCCACGCGCGGAUCGCAGCCAGCGCUUUUAUGCUCGCGCGUCCCUAUAGUGCGAACGACGACGAGCAUCGAAACGGGGGGUAGCCGUCACCCGCAAUCCUGGGGACCCACCGCUCAAAAUUCUCCGAAGCAGGACAGCUAGCACAAACUGCGCGAGAAAUCGCGUGCGUCGCAGUGCUGGUGCGAGGACCGGGCAGAGCCGCAAUAAUAUAAGCUGUAGUCGGGGGUGUGGGCAUCAGCUUCGCGCGGCGAAGGAUCAUGUGCAGUUUCGUGCAGAUCGCGACGAGGAGGUAAGAGCUACACCGCGCUUACAUAGCAUAAUAACGGGAAUUGAAGAUCGUGGCUUCGCGAGACUACUCGGGGGAGGGACUGUGCAGGGAGAGCGAACGGAUCGGCCCGGCCCAACGCGCGCCGACGAGAGAGCAAUCAAUAUGGCCUCCAGCCGGAGCACAGAGACUAGGCGCGCGGCCGAGCAGCACGCGACAGACGCAACGUAGGUUGCGAGAGGAGCUGCAUCGUCGUCCCGUCUUUGAGCCGAGGUGUACUUAUAUAUACAUAUUUUUCAAACUAGUUGACUGACUGGAAAUAUAGAAGAAUUUUUGCGUCAUGUCUGAAUCUGACUGCAUGGAUACCAGCUCAGCUGUGGGAUCUCAAAAAGAAGAUACUGAAGAUGAAGACAUGUCCAGCAAAAGCAAGCUGAGCAUUCAGCAGAUCCUUGAAGGCAUGACAAAUGAAUUCAACAACACUCCAAGGAAAAUUCAGAGGUCUGUAGUACAAGUGCGCAAGCCAGAAAAGCCCCAACCCAAAGUUGUUGAGGACAGUGCAAAGGUCAUAAAAGUGAAUAAAAGUUUAAACAACGUUCAAGAGGAGGUAAAAAUUGUCAAAGAAAAUGUACCGCAGAAGAAGGUUGAGAAGUCACCUGCUAAAAGUGAAGAACCGCAAAAACAAGAAGCUACCAAUAAAUCAAGAAUUGUUUUGACAUUCAGGACUAUCGAUGAAAAUACUGGUCAGGGCAAAAAAACUAAGAUCUCAAGCUGCCCAUCCAAUUUGUCCUUGGUACCAGAUGAACUGAUUAAUUGUAAUCAAAUUGGUGGAGUGUCUGUCAAAAUAGAAAAUUUUGACGAAAUUUGUGAUAGUGUAAAUAAAUCAGAUAAAGAAGACAGCCAGAAGCAGAGUCCUGGGAAAAAUGUCAAAUCUCCAACCGCAAGUAAAGAAAAGAAGAACGAGCAAAAUAAUUUGGAGAAGAACGUUUUAGAGAAGGAAAAGCCAUCGCCAGAAACUGAGAAAUCGAAUUCUGAAACAGUUGUUGAAAACCGAAAAAAUGGAGGGGAUUCAGUCGCUGAUAAACCUCCAAUGGAAUCGGAAACAAUCACACCCGUUACCAGGAAAGCCAGACAAAAGCGACUGAGAGAAUUAAGUGUUGAACCAGAGUUAAAACGUUCUGCUAGACGUUUAUCGAAAGAAUCAUCAAAAACUACAGUACUAGAAAGUGCAAUGGCAAGGAAAGAAAAAUUCAAUUACACAGAAGAAAGCACCAAGAGAAAAUACAGUAAGCCUGGAAGGCCCAGAAAAGUUCUUCCUGAAAAGAAGGAUACUAUACCUUUACUUAAUCCCAUAGAGCCACAAAAGGUAGUUGCAGAAAAAGAUAGCAUACCUAAAAAAGAUACUGCAUUAAAAAAAGAUACUUUAUCCAAAAAAGAGAGUGUGGCUCAGAAAAAUAAUUUAUCCAAAAAGGAUAACGUACCAAAAAAAGUUGAAGUCUCCGAAGUAGAUGUUCCACCAGAAAAAGAUAUAGCUUCCAAAGUAGAUACUUCCUCUCCAAUGAAAGAUGACGUUUCCAAAUCAGAUAUUUCUCCAAGAAAAGAUAACCUUCCAAAGAAAAACCAUAUACCUAAAUUGACUCCUUUGGAUUCUAUCAAACCAAUUUCAGAGAAGAAAGCUCCCAUACCUAAGCUAAAUCCCUUAGUUCCUCAAAAAUUGAUUUCAGACAAACACUUACCAAAAUUACCGAAAUUAAGCCCUUUGAAUUCUCCGAGGUUUAUGAUUGGAAAAAAUAAAAAUAAUCCCAAGCUAGAUUCUUCACAAAAAUCGAAUAAGUACGAGGGUAUGCCAAAAUUGACGCCUAUCAUAAAAAACCCCGAAAUUGUUCAACAAACGUUUAGUCAACCAUCAGCCAGAACAAUUAAAAUUGUGCAGGAUGAAACGCUUUUAGAAAACGAAAACGAAGCAUUUCGAAAACCAGUCUCAAUGAAGCUUAAACGCAUUAAAAAUAGAAUUCAAGCAAUCAGUAAUGCUAGAAAACUAGCCAAAGGUAUUACUGGAGAGAGUUUGCCUUCCACUGAAGAAGAUAUGGGCUCUUCCGAUGACGCGAUGCUUGAAGAAAAUUCAACGUCAACAAAGCGUAUGCGCCGACAUUUGAUUCCCAGUCCUAGCACGGCUGAGGGACAGGCAUCCACGCCUGAAUCUACAGCCAUUCUAAGCAAGAUUCGCACUGGAAAACCAACUAAGCAUGAGAUGCAGUGCUUAUGCGAGAUGCGGUCGCAGUUAUUCGUGACAAUCACAAGCACCGAAUCGCCGUUGUACUGUACAGCCAUGGACUCCAUCGAUAAUCAAAUCGUAGGCUGCUGUAACGAAGUCGAUCACGACGAUGUGGCCAUGCGUAGGCCCAGCGCCCGGAUACCCUACAUCAUUCUCUGUCGCAAGCACAAGGAGAGAUUGAUAAGACACAACUGUUGCCCGACAUGUGGACUGUUUUGCUCCCAGGGCAAAUUCGUGCACUGUUCGAACGGACAUCAGUAUCACCGCGACUGCGAGAUGUAUUACGAAAAGAAACCCCUGUGUCCGCACUGCGGUAGUUAUGGUCUAUCUUUCGACGUUAUCAUUACCAUGGCGGGAAAACGCAAACCCGUUCAGCCUCCACUGCGUAAAGAGUUUCCAAAGGAACCUUCUGCUAAAAUAAGUUUGCCCGGAUCAGGCGAUAAUACGAAGCUUGCCGAGCAGCAACCUGUACAGAAGAAAUCGGAUGAACCUCUUAUCAACCCUGAACUCGUUCACAUUCCCGAACCGACUAAUAAUGCGAACGUUGAGAAACCCGAGCGGUAUACAUUCAUAAGUUUAUACAAUGCUGCUAAAAACGGAGAAUUGCAGAAAUUAGUUAAUGUUUUAGCAAAUGGUUUCAAUGCCAAUCACACGUUUAAGGAGCAGGGCCAUCGGACCGGCCUCCACGUAGCCGCCGAUAAAGGCUUCUUAGCUUGCGUACACGUUCUGGUUCAAGCCGGUGCCCAAGUAGAUGUUUUAGAUAGAAAUCAAUUGUCUCCCUUGAUGUUGGCUGCCGCUAACGGCAAAGCUGACGUUGUUCGGUAUUUGAUGAAAGUAGGCGCUGACGUAACGUUGAAGGGUGAAGAUGGUAUGACUGCACUGCACAUGGCUGCAAAGUCUGGCCACCUGGACGUAUGUCAAGUUAUCUUAAGCGAGUGUAAAGUACCUAGGACUUUAGUAGAUUCAGUAGAUGACGGUGGUUGGACCAGUUUAAUUUGGGCUUGCGAAUUCCGUCACGCGGACGUGGCACGAUAUUUAUUGAAUAAUAAGUGUGAUCCAUUGAUUAGAGAUUCAGAACAAAAUAUUGCGCUUCAUUGGAGCGCCUUCAGCGGUAGUUCUGAUAUAACGGAGCUACUUCUUAACUUAGGCUGUGAUGUGAAUGCGGUUAAUGUUCAUGGCGACACUCCACUACACAUAGCAUCACGACAAGAUCAAUAUGCCGUGAGCGUUUUACUGCUGUCAAGAGGUGCCAAAGUCGGAGAAGUGAACGCUAUGGGUGAAACAGCCAUAGAUUGUUGCGGUGGGACUGGAGAUACUUUGAAUGCACUCCAGUUGAAUUUCAAAGUUAAUCAGCGAGCCGAACAUAUGUUGGAAAAGACCAUCAAAAUAUUAACAAACGAUAUUUCUCGAGGAAAAGAGUCAAAUCCUGUCCAAUGUGUGAAUGGCUUCGACUCAGAAGAUAAGCCCACCGAUUUUGUUUAUGUAACGGAAAGCUGUUUUACAAGUAAAGUAAAUGUUGAUCGUACCAUCACGUCUUUGCAAUCCUGUCGUUGCGAAGACAAUUGUAGCUCCGACAAAUGUCUAUGCGGUAAUAUUAGUUUACGCUGCUGGUAUGAUGAUGAAGGAAAACUUGUACCUGAAUUUAAUUAUGCUGAUCCACCCAUGCUGUUCGAGUGUAAUCCAGCUUGUGAUUGUAACAAGAUAACGUGUAAUAAUCGUGUUGUACAGCAUGGUUUGACUCAACGAUUUCAGUUGUUUAGAACAGAAGGAAAAGGUUGGGGCAUAAGAACCCUUCGUCACAUCUCGAAAGGAAGUUACGUUUGCGAAUAUGUAGGUGAAAUAAUUUCUGAUUCUGAAGCAGACCAACGAGAAGACGACUCAUAUCUAUUUGAUUUAGAUAAUAGGGAUGGAGAAACGUAUUGCAUCGAUGCAAGACGCUAUGGAAAUUUAGCCCGCUUUAUCAAUCAUUCUUGCGCUCCAAAUUUGUUACCAGUGCGAGUUUUCAUUGAACACCAGGAUCUACACUUUCCACGAAUAGCGUUUUUUGCUAAUAGAGAUAUAGAUGCAGAUGAAGAGUUAGGGUAUGUGCUUUGACUAUGGCGAGAAAUUUUGGAUAAUAAAGUGCAAAUCUUUUACGUGCACCUGUGGUGCAGAAAUCUGCAAAUAUUCUGAUAAAACAAUACAGACGACACUCGAUAAUUAUCGCAAAAAAGUGCAAGCAGAAGAAAUUCGAGUUGCACAACAGGCAGCCGCGAAGGUGUAAAGAACUCAGACUUUUACAUAAUUGUGUUCGUCAAUUCCAAAACAAUAGACUGAUAUCACUUAGAUUGUAAAGAAUGAAGUAGUGUACAACAGACAUUGUAAGCGAAAUUUUACAUUGUUAAAAAAUGUCAGUACAGAUAGCAGUGAAAGAAAACAUUAUUUGAAUUGUGUGUUCAUCAGAUUUGCUACUUUUUGAUGAAUCAUGGACAUACUUGCUCCAUUGUUCCAAGAAUUCAUGCACACUAAAACAUACAGUGGCAUUUGACAGGUGUAUUUAAAAAACAUGAAAAAAUGUUUUUUUUAUAUACAAUAAUACAUUUUAUUUAGUUGGCAUACCUAAAUUGAAAGAUUUAAAAAACUGUAAAAACUAUUUCUUCAAAGUAAUCCUGCCCAUUGCUUUGAUAAUUAAAUUCCUUCAAUGAUAAAAUGUUUUACUAUAAGGAAUACUUCGCAAUGUGCCACUUGAAGCGUGUAUUAUGUAAUGAAAUCGUGAAUAGUAUUGUAAUUAAUAUAGAAGAUACUUUUAAUUUGUGUUCAUAUGAUAUUUGUAUUUAAAUUGUUAUAUACAAAAAUGAAAUAUUUUAUAUGAAUUAAAAAUUAGGCAAUUUUAAACUGUUGAAUUUAUUUUUAUUUGAUGAAUUUGACAACAUCGUCGUAAAAAAUGUCGAUGCAUUGCUAAUUUUUAGUUCAUAUGCAUACAAUUAUAUAGAUAUUGCAACUUAAUCGUUCGCAUUGAUUGUGUGCUUUUAUGCAACACAAUAAUCAACAAAGGUACAUAUUGCAUCAAAUGAAAUUCGGUUUGCGGUGCUAAUUUCUCAACAUGUCUGAAUGUAAAAUGAUUCAUGUAAGGUCAUUGCAAUCAUGUCUCAUAUUGCAUUAUUAUUACGAAGAUAAAAUAUUAAAUCGUGUAUUACAUAUAGGUGUACAGUGUCCUCAACAACGAUUUAAUCAUAACAAAAGUUAAAAAAUGUCAAAGGCAUUUGACAACAAUUUUUUUAAUAUCUACAGAAGAUAAGGUCAUACCUUUUGUACAAAUAACAGACUUUGUAAAAUAAAAAUUAGAGAUCUUUUUCAAAUUUAAAAGCUAGGUUUCUAUUGCUUGAGUAAGUAGUUACUACGUUUGUUAAUUUUGUUGUAUAUAAAAAAUAAAUGCAUAUUUAAUGAAA